UUCAUUCCUGUCCUCAUUCCGAACAUUCUUAGCAUCGCUCGCGCCGCUCCUCGCCGCCCCGAGCCGAGCCUCUGCCGCCGCCGCCGCCGCGGCCCCGCCGCCCGCCGCGGGCGCCCACCAAGCACUUUGCAGACUCGCUUCCACCCCGCGGGCCAGUCCGCGCGGCGGGGCCCGGGCCCGGGGCGGCCGCGUCCGGCCGGGGACAGGCCAUGCAGUGACGCCCCCCCCACCACCACCCAUCCCGUCCACCUACCUUUGCCCGGAGCCGCGGGCAGCGGACCAGGGCGCCCACACGGCCCCGGGGCAGGAGCGGUGCUGAGGCGAGGGCUGGGGUGGUCCAGCCCGGGCACCCGGAGCCCAGCGGGGAGGGGAGCCGACGGGCACCGAGCGGAGGGCGGGAGAAGCGGCACCGAAGUUUGCCUCGGACUCACCGGGCGCGGCGGCGGCGGCGGCGGCUCCCUCCGCGAGAGAGAGAGUGAAAGGGGUGGGGAAAUACAGAGAGAGAAGCAUCAAUGUGAAGGAAACACAUCAGUUUGUUCUCUCCCCCAGCACAUGCCCAGACUGGAGCCAGGGAUUGAGCCUGCAACCCAGGUUUAUUUUCUUGAAAAGGCUCCAGGCUUCGGCUUGGAAAACCCAACCGCCAAAAUUGAGCCCAGCAGCUGGAGCGGCAGCGAGAGCCCUGCCGAAAACAUGGAAAGGAUGAGUGACUCUGCAGAUAAGCCAAUUGACAACGAUGCGGAAGGGGUCUGGAGUCCUGACAUUGAGCAGAGCUUUCAGGAAGCCUUGGCUAUCUAUCCACCCUGUGGGAGGAGGAAAAUCAUCUUAUCAGAUGAAGGCAAGAUGUAUGGUAGGAAUGAAUUGAUAGCCAGAUACAUCAAACUCAGGACAGGGAAGACGAGGACCAGAAAACAGGUGUCUAGUCAUAUACAGGUCUUAGCAAGAAAGAAAGUUCGAGAAAUUCAAGCCGCCAUUAAGGUGUCUAGUCACAUUCAGGUUCUUGCCAGAAGGAAAUCUCGUGAUUUUCAUUCCAAGCUAAAGGUGACAAGCAUGGAUCAGACUGCCAAGGAUAAGGCCCUUCAGCACAUGGCUGCCAUGUCCUCAGCCCAGAUCGUCUCAGCCACUGCCAUUCACAACAAGCUGGGGCUGCCUGGGAUUCCACGUCCGACCUUCCCAGGGGCACCGGGGUUCUGGCCGGGAAUGAUACAAACAGGGCAGCCAGGAUCCUCACAAGAUGUCAAGCCCUUCGUGCAGCAGGCCUACCCCAUCCAGCCAGCGGUCACAGCCCCCAUUCCAGGGUUUGAGCCUGCGUCAGCCCCAGCUCCCUCGGUCCCUGCCUGGCAGGGUCGCUCCAUUGGCACAACCAAACUUCGCCUGGUAGAAUUCUCCGCUUUCCUCGAACCACAGCGAGACCCAGACUCGUACAACAAACACCUCUUCGUGCACAUUGGGCAUGCCAACCAUUCUUACAGUGACCCGUUGCUCGAAUCAGUGGACAUUCGUCAGAUUUAUGACAAAUUUCCUGAAAAGAAAGGUGGCUUAAAGGAACUGUUUGGAAAGGGCCCUCAAAAUGCCUUCUUCCUCGUAAAAUUCUGGGCCGAUUUAAACUGCAAUAUUCAAGAUGAUGCCGGGGCUUUUUACUGUGUAACCAGUCAGUAUGAGAGCUCUGAAAACAUGACAGUCACCUGUUCCACCAAAGUUUGCUCCUUUGGGAAGCAAGUAGUAGAAAAAGUAGAGACGGAGUAUGCAAGGUUUGAGAAUGGCCGAUUUGUAUACCGAAUAAACCGCUCCCCGAUGUGUGAAUAUAUGAUCAACUUCAUCCACAAACUCAAACACUUACCAGAGAAAUAUAUGAUGAAUAGUGUUUUGGAAAACUUCACAAUUUUAUUGGUGGUUACAAACAGGGAUACACAAGAAACUCUCCUCUGCAUGGCCUGUGUAUUUGAAGUUUCAAAUAGUGAACAUGGAGCACAGCAUCAUAUUUACAGGCUUGUAAAGGACUGAACAUGGUUAUUUAUAUAUAUAUAGAUAUCUGUAUAUACACACACACACACACACACACACACAUAUGUGCACACACACACUCUCCAUUUUCAAACGACUAACUGUAAAGCUCCCCAUGCAGGGGGGUGCCCUGGCCCUGCGGUCACCCUACUUUUCUAAGUCCUGUUUGAGUGAAGUCAUUUUUCCAUGUGUUCAUGCUCUCAUCAUAGCUGUGAAGUUCUGGUACAGUUGUAAAAAGAGAAAUCGAGUUGUUCCUCUGUGUCCCUCAGACCUGCAGCCCACAGUUCCUCGGGAAAGGUGAACCUAGAACCCGGCUCUGCCCACAGAGCCUGUUUCUAAUUGUGGUAGUAAAUAUUCAGACGGAGCAUUUGCCGUGGGACAUUUACAGCCUUUAUACAAAUGUAUUUAGUUCUUUCUUUUUUUUCCAACAUAAAAUUCUUGUUUUAAGAUACAAGUAAAAUUAAUCUUUAAAUAUAAAUGUAAAUUUAGUAUAAAACACUAAGAAUCUUUAGACUUAUCUUUGUAACUAAUUAGGGUGGAAGUUAUGAAAGAAUGUAAUUCACUAAAUUAUUUUUUAAAACUUUUCUUUCAUUUUGAAACCAAAUGUUAAAAUAUAGCCUUAAGAAAUGCUUGGUAGAAAUAUCCUAAUGAGAAAAAUUUGUACUUUUUUCACAAGGUUAAAACUAAUCUCCUAAUCCAUUAAACGCUUGAACAGGUAUUACAAAGGAAGAAAACUUCACCCCUUAUCCUUAACAUAUAUAGUAUAUUUAAAAAUAUAAAAUUGUAUUGUACUAAUGUGAUGAUUGAUUAUUUAAUGAAAAAGAAAAGAUGGCUCUUUUUGCAAUAAGUAGAUAAAUACUGAAAACCUAAACUUACAAUGUUUAUAGUCUUGUCUGUGCAGUUAUAUUUUAUAUGAACAACCAAAUUUUUUUUAUUAAGAUGAGUAAAUAUUUGAACCACUGAAAUUUAAUAGCAAAAAAUUUUAAUUGGCAUGAAUACUGCACUGUGAGCUACAAAGUAUAGAAAAUCCUGUGGCUGGUAGAAAAUUUCAUCAACCAAACAAGGAAAAGGCUCAUCAGUUUUAGCAUCUCUGCUCCCCCGAAAUUGGCAAGCAUCCUCACUAACCUGUGGAUAAAUUGUUUAUUUCUGGUGAUCCAAAAGGCCUAUUAACCUGCUAUAAUUAUAUGUAUAUGUAUGUUUGUGAGUACGUAUACAUAUGUAGCUAUUCAACACGUAUUUAUUGCACACCUAGUUAGUGCCACUUAAGUUUGCUAGGUGCUGAUAUGUAUGUAUAUUUCAGACUGUCUCUAUAGCUCUAGAUAUAUUCUCUAAGGACACCCAUUUUCUUCUCACUCAGUAAGUCACAGUACUUAUUUGACCGAGGUUUAAGAGGCCCACCCUAUUUAUCUGGCUCAUGUGGGAGGUUCUCUUCUCAGGAGAGACUUAACUGAUCAGCCCAAAUAUUCCAAAGCUUGGCCCAGGCAGACUUGGUGCAUCUCUUUCUACAGGGCUUCGUUGGUAAACACCCACAAGGACACACCCCCAACUUCCCAGAAGAAAGUGACAUUUUUAUAAAUGUUGGGGACAUGCUAACACAAUAGAAUGUGAAAUAAGUUUUCUAAGAUGUGAAACAUAUCAAGACUUUUUCAUCAAGCCAGAAAAUAAAAACUUUGCUCUGUCCCAUCCAAGUAACUUAUAUACCCACUUCCUGUCUCCCUGUCCGCUCUGACCCUGCUUACACACUGGUUAGGAUCUGGUGGUCUUGAGCAUGAGGGUGUUCCGGGUUGGUGAACAGCAGAACACUGGGCUACACCUGGCCUCUUCCAGACUCAUGCAACUGGUUCACUGGGCAGACCAGAGGGGAAAGUAUAAAACCUUCCCCAUUUGGAGUUCACACCCCUUAAGGAAACUAGUAGGAGGGCGUCCCAUCUUCCCUCCAUAAAGAGACUGCCUUUUGUCCCCUGAUUCCCAAUGAGCCCUUGAAAGAUUGCCCCCGUUGUCUGCUCUUCCUUCGGGUCUUCAGCCCAAGCACUGAAACUUCUUCUAGUGGUCAUCCAUCGAGGAUGUUGCUUUUGCUCCUGUCUCUUGUAUUUUUCCUCAAGGGAACCCUCACUCUUCCAGGAGUAGGACCCCAGAACUAAAGGCAGGCAAAUGACGCAUGUGGCUUAAGGCCAGGCCAUCCCAGAGCUCCAGGGAGAGAGGUAGCACAAAUAGACCCAGGAGACCCACAAAGGGUAGUUCUGUUGGCUGCAGAGAAGGGCAUCCCUGGUCCCCGACUCCCGGUCAGGCCGGGCCUUCUGCUGCUUCACUGCCAGUGACCUCCAAACCCUGUUAUAGUUGAAUUAGGGGGGCUUACAUAAACAACCCUGAGGCUUAUGUUUUGCUCUUAAAUUUUUCUGCUUUAUAUCUUUUGCUCUAAAAUGUUUAAAAGUUAUUUCUUGUCUUAUUCUUCACAAGUUUUCCCCAGGGCAGAUCUUUUCCCUCUCGUAUUCAUAGGUCCUGUCACCCAAACCCUCGGCCCUCUCUCCAUCUCUCCCAGAUUAGACCCUGAAGUGGCAUUUGUGUAAGAUCAAAUCUGAGUCUGUCUGAGUUUGUCUUUUGCCCUUUGUGGCCAUAUUCUCCCUCUUGGAAAGCUCUCUGCACCAUAAAGAGUUUCCAGAGCACGGCCCUCACUGCUCUCCCCGCUGCUCUAUCCCCUGGUGACUGCUGCCAGGUGUGAUUCAGAGACAUUGCAUGCUGUCCCUGGAGAAUUUGGAGGCCAAAUUGUCACCCCUAAGCAGGGGAUAGCUGAAGAACCGGCUGCUGGUCUCUUGCCAUUCUUUUCCACCUAGGAAAAAUCAGGACUUCUUCAAGAACAUGUCCCAGAAUCCCAGAAUGUCCCAACUGCCCGAGACCAGUGUCCACCUCAACAUUGUUGACGUUUCAUACGAGGUGAUCCUUUUCUGUGCAGGGCUGUCUGUGCAUUAGAGGAGGUGUCCCAGCGUCCCCGCCUCUGCUCACUAGGUACCAGUAGCACCUCUUCCCUCAGUUGUCACAACCCAGAAUGUCUUCAGCUAUCACCAGUGUCCCAUGGGCACAGAAUCGCCUCUGAUUGAGAAUCGCUGCCCUGGACCGCACAGGUCCCACAGACCAUGUUUUACCCUGCGAUAAUACCUCUCCUGGUGUCAGAUGCCAGGAGGCAGGUAGAAAUAGUAUACAAGUGACAUUGUGUACCUGCUGCUUCCCAUUUCAGAACUUCUAUUUCACAUGUCUCUCUUGCCACAAGCAUUUACGUUUCUUCUGUUGGUCACCCAUCUUAGGAAUCUUGCUCCUGUCUCUUGCAUUCUUUCCUUCCUGCCAGGGGAAGUCGGGAACAGCUUGGUCACGAUCAUCACGACGAUCAAAGAUCAUUUCUAAUUGAUCUUCAAUCCUUGGUUUACCGGACUUAAAAAACACACAGCUAUUUUCAUUAUUUUUCAUAAGCUCCUGGGUCUUAUUAGCAAACCUUCCAUCAUUUGGGUAGAUUUCUUCUGCUUUUCUGCCUGUUUGUAUCUGCAGAAGCCUCGGGAACAUGUCUUUUCACCGUUAGGGAUGGAGGAGAGGGGGCCCAUCCCAGGAGGUGGCUGAUAGAAGUUCUUGUUUAUUGAGCUAAAAGGGAGUACAGUCUACUCUCCUUCGCUGUGUGGGUGAGGACGUUGAGGCUCUCACACUCCUGCCACUUACCCUUCAGCCUCUUCUGGUGGAAGUUGUUUCUCUUUGGUGCUCAUGUAUAAACGACCCCCAAAAUGUGUGGACGGGGUCCCUUCAGCAGAGGGGGGAGGGAAGAAGCCCCCUGCCAGAGCCACAGCAUCGUCCCAGGUGGCUGCUGCUUGCUGGGGUAGUCAGAGGUCACCACAAGCAGAGAGGCAAGCUGAUGAGCCUUUUUGCUUCCUCUGAGUUCAGUUCACCUGCCACAGGCUCCAAGUUCCCAUUGCUAAGCAUCCCAGCAGCCAAGUCCCGCAUGCAGGCCAGCCAAACGCAGGCCCCGUUCCAAGCACUUGGUAGGCAGGUCCCCAGAUGACUUGAAAACCCAAGUCUUUCCGUUUCAAUACUGUAGUGGCUUCAGCAGUUUGUUUUCUGUAGAACCAUAAAUUAUUUCAGUCACAAGACGACAGUUUUACAAACCAGGUACAUAUCAUUGGUAUGAUUUUGUAUAUGCUCUGGUACACUGUCCAUGUCCCAAACGAAGGGAGAACCAGCCUCGUUGGUCCGCGUUCUCACGGACGCCCUGGAGAGGACAUGUCUGCACCACUCACGUCUUUAUGUUGCUGUGUCUGUGGCAAAGCCCUGCCCCUGUUGUCUGUGAAAAGCCUUAACUCUCUGAGAUGUCGCAUGUAGGGUGUGCAGUGUAAAAGGCUGCCUCGGAACUGUGAGCCCUUUUGUAAGCUGGAAGCAUUUCUCUUACCACUGUUACUCAUUUUAGGAAGUUUUCAAUUCAGACCUGCCAAAGCGUUCCAGUAAGCAGUGCCUUAGAUACCUUAGCCGCGCCGCCAGCCUUUUCUUACACCUGUUCUCAGUGCCCACUGACUGAUUGGCCCUGUAUUUAAAACAGAACAAGCAAAAAGCGUUUCCUUCUUGUUUAUUAAGCCCCCUUUUCUCCAGUUCUACAAGAAACUGACUCCUUGGUCUACAAUCGGAAACUGAAUGUGAGUCAGUCCUCUGACCAGACUCUCAAAUGCAGAUACCAAAACAAACGGUUUUUUGCAACUUCAUAGUUGACUAUGAAAAGCAAAUUGUACUUUUUAAUGUUGCCUUUUAAAUUCACAACCAAAUACUUAGCUAUUUGUGAAUCUUCUGCACUCCAGCAUGAAAGUGCCUUUGGUUUGAGAUUCCAGCUUAGAAAAGUGCUGCCAUAAUAACGAUCACUUGUAGAGAGACCAAAAAUUUAUGGAGAUCACCGUAAUGCCUUUGGUUCACCGGGAUGAGUAACCAGCCACAGGCCUCUGUCCACAAGAGCCCAACGUGGACCCCGCCUGCUGGGAGUCUGUCUGCCGUGGGAGAGCCCCCGCCACCGUCCACCAGGAGCACGCUGCCGCAGGAGGGACCCAGGAGCUGCUGUGUUUGUGUGUGCCAAUGACCCUGGUGUCAUCUCCCUCGCCCCCCAGCCCUGCACCCCCCGUGUGGGGGCAUCCACACUAACUGCAGACUCUCUGCCAGUGGAUGGACUCCAUGCUCCAUCUAUACGGAGGCUUUUUGUCCUUUCAGACGACAGUGCGCACUUCUGUGUUUUACACAGCGACACCAUUUUGCAAGUUGGAAGCCUCAAACUGAGAUGAUAGUGCAGAACAAAAGUGAGUUAGGGUUAUGACAAGUGAAGUGUUCUUAGGGCAAAAAUACUGACUCCGAGUGUCUUGUCUGACUGUGCUAUGAGAAACUUCCAAAGAGCACCAUUCACAAUUCGGCGUUUUCAAAGAAGGUUCCAGCCCUCAAAGGGGCCAUUCUUUACAGCCCGUAUUGGCUUUUAUCAAAACCUUGGAAACAUUGGGAAAGCUGAUAGAGGUGAGAAAGAGGAGGGAGAAGCACAAGAAGGCAGACGCACUAGCCAAACAAGGGGAAAAAAAGAUGUUUCUUUAUCAAUUUAGACUUAAAAAUGACAUCAGAUGUCUUGGAAAGUUAGCCUCUGAACUCUCAAUGCAUGUGUUCCGUCUGUCUCUACCUGGUGUCUAAGAGUAUACCCUCUCUGGGCUCUGAAAUUUCAGGAGUGCUUUCCACCAAGUUGUGAGUGGAAUUCUAGAAAUUUCUACAAGGAAAAAACAAUCAAAUGGAAAGGAAAAUUACCGCAGAUUCUAGUUAGCUGCUUGAAUUCAGGCCCUCCCUGUCACUGAACUUAUACCAACAGCCUGGAAGAAGUUAGACAAAUCCCUGUUUCCUCUUCUCUUUUCAAGUGUCACUGCGCUUUGUUUGGCAAUAGUUUUCUCUCAGAAACUCAUUGCUUAGACUGUUAAGAAUGAAGGUUUUGUGUUUAAAAUGUAUUGCAUCGCAAAGGAUAGUUUCACCGAAGUCAUGCACCAUUAAAUAAGAUGAAAUAUUUGUAUUUAUUGUCCAACUUCUUAAGCCGUAACUUGCUUAAUUUAACUCUGUGAAUCGGCAUUUGCAUUGAGUCAGUCACACGUCACACUACAUGUUAGUAUUUGAAAUGGCAUUCAUGUUCCCCCCUCAUUCAUCCUUCAAUGGGGUCCAAUUUCAGUGGGUCCCACUGGUCCAGUUGACCCUCUUUCCUCUGGCUCCCGCCAUGAGAUCAUUUCCCCUUCCCCUUUCUCCAAGAGAAGCUGAAAGAAUCGAGGCGUAAAUCAAUUAGAAACCAGUCUCUGAUUUCUUCUCCUUUUUUUGCAUCAGCCAUUUUUGUGUGUGAUUAGUUUCACUGUGUAAAUUAGGUACUAACUGCACUUCUUUAAAAACAAUCUCCCUGUUACCUCCUUGAAAGAUUCACUUCAGUAGGCCUUUCUUCAAUAGGCUCAUGACUGCAGAUAAAGAAAAACUAAAAACAAAAACAGUACGUGCCUGAAAAAACAACAACGAAAACAUUUUUGUAACAUUG